GUGUUUUAUUAAAUUGUACAAAGUUUUUAAUACCAUUGUAUUUUUUCACAUUUUAAUUUUUUCCAGUCCGUGAAAAGAAAACCAAGGCGCCAAAAGACAAUUUUAAAAUGACAUCCAGCGAGGGUACAUUUUUGACAGAUCAGCAGUUGACCAUGCUCUAUGACAAAAGCGUGGAGGUGAUUGGAAAGAGGGAUCGGCGGUUCGCUCCCCUGCCCGCUAUGUGGCGCGACAAGGCUACUGCUUAUUGGGAUAGAAUCCGUCUGAAGUAUAACGGGUUCAUGAUCCCCUACAGAAAGGAUUUCAACGGAACUCCAGGAUCCGCCAUUAACGGGAACCUGAUGGGACUCUUCUUCAAUGCUAGUCUUCACAAGAAAACUAAAAAGCCUCCGACAUUUUCUUACUUCGGAAAUCAGAGACUAAUGGUCAACUCUUCCUUCAUCGUUAACGUCCAUCAGAACAUUUACUUUGUCGACUUUUACUGUCACAACCUACGGGAUCAUUACGUCACGCUUGUCGUGGCGCGUCCAGGGUCAGUCGUUGAUAAAUUCUGCCAGAGGAACCUGAAGCAAAUCAAUGUCUUUCAUAACCCGUUCUUGAAGAUUGUCAACGGAAAAUUGUACGUGACUUUGGGUGCGAACAUUGAAGUAUUUUACACAGACAUUGUGGACGUUAACCGACUAGUUCAUGAGAGGAUCGGCAGGUUUUCCCCUGUCACUUUCCGAGGGGUGGGCAGCAAAGAAUUUGGAAUAGCUAAAAAUCUAGGAUGUAAAAUCUGUAACCUUUGGUAAAAUGGCAGUUUGAAAAGUUUCAAAAACUUGCAUUAGAAUUGGAAUGAUUUUACCAGAUAUGUUUUAUGUCUACAGAGGAUUUAGUGCUCAUGAUUUUA